AUGUCCAGUCUAACUUCCUCCAUCACAAGUCCCAGUCUAACUUCCUCCACCACAAGUCCCAGUCUAACUUCCUCCAUCACAAUGUCCAAUCUAACUUCCUCCAUCACAAUGUCCAGUCUAACUUCCUCCAUCACAAGUCCCAGUCUAACUUCCUCCAUCACAAGUCCCAGUGUAACUUCCGCCGCCACAAAUCCCAGUCUAACUUCCCCCAUCACAAGUACCAGUCUAACUUCCCCCACCACAAGUUCCAAUCUAACUUCCUCCACCACAAGUCCCAGUCUAACUUCCUCCACCACAAGUCCCAGUCUAACUUCCUCCACCACAAGUCCCAGUCUAACUUCCUCCACCACAAGCUGCAGUCUAACUUCCCCCAUCACAAGUCCCAGUCUAACUUCCUCCAUCACAAGUCCCAGUCUAACUUCCUCCACAACAAGCUGCAGUCUAACUUCCUCCAUCACAAGUCCCAGUCUAACUUCCUCCACCACAAGCUGCAGUCUAACUUCCCCCAUCACAAGUCCCAGUCUAACUUCCUCCAUCACAAGUCCCAGUCUAACUUCUUCCAUCACAAGUCCCAGUCUAACUUCCUCCAUCACAAGUCCCAGUGUAACUUCCCCCAUCACAAGUCCCAGUGUAACUUCCCCCAUCACAAGUCCCAGUCUAACUUCCCCCAUCACAAGUCCCAGUCUAACUUCCCCCAUCACAAGUCCCAGUCUAACUUCCUCCACCACAAGUCCCAGUCUAACUUCCUCCAUCACAAGUCCCAGUCUAACUUCCCCCAUCACAAGUCCCAGUCUAACUUCCCCCAUCACAAGUCCCAGUGUAACUUCCCCUAUCACAAGUCCCAGUCUAACUUCCCCCAUCACAAGUCCCAGUCUAACUUCCUCCACCACAAGUCCCAGUCUAACUUCCCCCAUCACAAGUCCCAGUCUAAAUUCCUCCAUCACGAGUCCCAGUCUAACUUCCCCCACCACAAGCUGCAGUCUAACUUCCUCCAUCACAAGUCCCUGUCUAACUUCCUCCAUCACAAGUCCCAGUCUAGCUUCCUCCAUCACAAGUAACAGUCUAACUUCCCCCACCACAAGCUGCAGUCUAAUUUCCUCCAUCACAAUGUCCAGUCUAAUUUCCUCCAUCACAAGUCCCAGUCUAACUUCCUCCAUCACAAGUCCCAGUCUAACUUCCCCCACCACAAGCUGCAGUCUAACUUCCUCCAUCACAAUGUCCAGCCUAAUUUCCUCCAUCACAAGUCCCAGUCUAACUUCCUCCAUCACAAGUUCCAGUAUAACUUCCUCCAUCACAACUCCAGUAUAACUUCCUCCAUCACAAGCUCCAGUAUAACUUCCUCCACCACAAGCUCCAGUAUAACUUCCUCCACCACAAGCUCCAGUAUAACUUCCUCCACCACAAGCUCUAGUAUAACUUCCUCCAUCACAAGCUCCAGUAUAACUUCCUCCACCACAAGCUCCAGUAUAACUUCCUCCAUCACAAGCUCCAGUAUAACUUCCUCCAUCACAAGUCCCAGUCUAACUUCCUCCAUCACAAGUCCCAGUAUAACUUCCUCCACCACAAGCUGCAGUCUAACUUCCUCCACCACAAGCUCCAGUCUAACUUCUUCCACCACAAGCUCCAGUCUAACUUCCUCCACCACAAGCUCCAGUCUAACUUCCUCCACCACAAGCUCCAGUCUAACUUCCUCCACCACAAGCUCCAGUCUAACUUCCUCCACCACAAGCUCCAGUCUAACUUCCUCCACCACAAGCUCCAGUCUAACUUCCUCCACCACAAGCUCCAGUAUAACUUCCUCCAUCACAAGCUCCAGU